GAGGCUGAGUCCCGAUGCCGACGUCUGCACCCUCCGGACGCCCGCCGCCGUCGCCCCCACCGUCUCGACUCGUCUCGAGGGUGGGAUAGGACUCGGGGCGAAAAGAAUCGCGAAAAACGCUCGGUCGAGGGAGAUUGGCGCCGAUACACGCAGACGCCGUCGCCGUCGGUGAAAGGUGAAGGAGAGGCCGGGAGCAACGCGGGAGAGGAGGUCAGAAGGGAUGCGAAGGCGGAAGAGGUCCGGGAGAGGUGGAGGGCGGCAGCGGUGAGGACUCGGGAAAGGGGUGGAAAUUCGCGCAGGCGUGAUCGGCAACCCUCCGCAUACCGACCACCGAAGGUUGGUUGGUUGGUUGGUUCUGUGUGCGUUGCCACGAUGCACAUAUUUCCAAACAUCGCCGCGCAGCUAUGGAGAGAUUUUUUUUAGUCAUUAUGCGUAUACGAGACAUUCCCGUGAUAAAUGAUGCCUGGCUGGGAGGGGAGAGGGGGGAGAUGAGGGUCCUAUUGAUUAAAACGAUCGUCCCACGAGAGUUACAGGAAACUACCAUUCUCGCGCGUCGGUCAUUGCACGAGUAGACGCAAUUACAAGGAUGUUCGUUCGACUGAUACUCAAUUUGACGCCUUCCCGAACGAUUUUUAAUCACACAUGUCCCUAUGACUACCUAUGAACCAGUAGACCUACGAACGCAUUUCCAGUAUUGAGAAUUUUUAUUUGGGCAUUUGGUACACGGUACAGUUUGAUCGGUCUUUAAUUAUGUCACAAAUUGAUAUUUUACAUCAUUAAUAUUAAAAGUGAGAGACGAUUAUUUCUAAGUUUCUGAGGAAGUGUAUAUGAAUAAUCUAGAAAUAUAAUAUAUAAAUAAUUUGAAUAACGCGAUCGUGGUUAUUUUUAUAUCGAUCGAUAAUUACACAGAAAAAUAUAGGCCGACGUGGAAACGGGACUCCUUCGCUCCAUAGCCGGACAAUAUGUCACCCUUCUCCAACAUCUACGUUUUUAUGAAAGUAAAAGAGGACGGAGAGAAGAAUGUAAAUCAAUGAAAAAUAUAAGGAAAAAUGAUAAAUAGAAAGAAGAAUUUAUUAAAAUUUAUACAAAUGUUAGUUUGCGAAAAGGAAAGAGACAUAUGAGAGAUAAAUAAAAAUGUAGAAAAAUAAGAGGAAGAAAGAGAGCGAGAAAGAAAACAUUGUAAACACCGAGACGAGAUGGAUGUCAAGUUUCGAGCUACUGGAUUCAACAGUGAUGGAUUAAAAAAGGGAAACGGAAAGGGAGGAGAAAUACUAAAAAAAACGCGAAAAAGUGCAAUUUUUUAAAACGAGACCUAGUGUAGUGUUAACUGUAGCAUCCAUCACACGGGCCGAUCGAUCGAGCUACAUUACGACGGACGAUCUUCGCGGGAAGCUGGCAUGAUUAAUAUCAUGAGUGCAUACGAACUUUUGAACAACCGUACAUCGCCUCGAUUAUCGAGGCAGGGGGAAAGGGGAGACCAAAGAGAAAGGGGAGAUUGGCUCAGAGAGACGGACGGGGUUGAGGGUGAGAGUAGUCAUAAAUACGCAGGCGCCAAAUAGGGUACAUGCAAUGGAGGGGUUGAUGAAGGACUGGAUGGCGCAAGCGCUGGACAAAGGGUGUAAAAGCUCGCCGGGAGUGCCCGUUCCCUUGGCAAAUGGCUUUUUGGUAACGCGAACGCGAACCAAAUUUCACCAUACAACGAAUCCUGUAUUAUAUUUGAUAAAACUUCUUUCUCCCUCUCUCUCGUGUUUUGCUGCUCAUGAUAAUACGAAGCGCUUCCGAUUCACUCGCGAGAAAUAAAUGCUUUGCACAAAAUAUUAUGAAUGUUGAAUCUUUAUUAUUUGUUUAUUAUGAUUAGAAUUACGCAAAACACUUGAGAGAAUCACGUACAAAAAAUUCCAUUGUACAAAAAUACAAUACCUAUCACUUAAAGUUAUACAAAAUAAAUAAUGUAAACUUACGAUAGAAAUGAGGAAUUAUUUAUAUUUCUUCCUUGUAGUAAGGCUGUGAUGAAAUAGGCUUACUUCGUUAUAUUUAUACGAAGAUCUUUACGCGUUAUCGAAUUAGCAUCAAAUGGUUAGAAUAAACAGUUCGUACGAACGUGCGCGUCUAAAAAGUUUCACGAAGCAAACAGUGAACACAUUUAUUUCAUGGCGGCGAUCUCAUCUGCGAUUAGCGACCAUGAACGAAGCGCGAAUAUAUAUGAGGUCUAUCGAUCGUUUUUUUUUUUAUACACACAUGCAUGAGUCUGUUUGCUUCUGCAGCGUCAGGCGUUCGUUAACAAACCUCAUGACAAAUGAUUUCUUAAUGAGUUGUGCCAUGGAUGAAAGCACUCGAUAGAUAUUGGACGAGAUGAUAUUACUCGUGUACAUAAAUGGUUUCGUUUGCGUCACAUUUCGAUAUUACUAGAUAUAAGAGAUAGGUGAAUAGAGUAGAGCAAAGGAGUCGCCGUUGCGGAACAAAGGGAAUGAGAGAGAGAAAGAGUCAUUGGGGAGAAGCGAAAAGGGACAAGGGAGACAAGGGAUGUAAUCUAAUGGUAAAUAGCACGUAUGCAUAUAAGGGUCAGUCGAAGUGCGUCAGUGGCGUAGGGGAUUGAAUAUUGCUUAUCAACGUUCAUGAAACAGGCAAUUUUGUUAUAAGAUUUAUAUAUUAUAUAAUAAAAUAAAUGUACAUAAAGAAGCGUAAUAAAGAGCUUUAAUUUAGUAACGAAAAGUAUAACAAUAUACAUUACGUUUAUUCGUUUUUAACUGUUAUAACCAAUUAAAAUAAUAAUGUAAAGUAAUUACGUAUGAUUAUAAUUAAAUAAAUAAUUAUAAUUUUAUUACAUAAUAUUUUAUAUUUUGUGUGUGUGUGUGUGUGUGUGUGUGUGUGUAAAAUUGUGUGUCGAAAAUCUGAUGAGAAUGUAAUGUUUGAUUAUUUUUUCAUGUGAAUUGUACUAUAUCAUAUUAAUCAUUUUUUAUUUGCUUAUUUAUAUAUACGUAAUAUUAAAUCACAAAAAGAGGAAGAAAAGAAAAGAGAAGAAAUAACUUUAUAAAAAAAACUUGAUACAUUUAGCUGCAGAUCCCAGCUAGAAAUAAUCAAUGGAUAGAAAAGAAAUUACGCUUUCCUCUAUGUCCCCGACCUCCUUUACACAUCUCGUAACAAUUAUAAUCUCUAUGAUCUUCCAAAAAUAAUUUUCGAACACAAUCGCUGUACUUGGUGAUGUCGAUGUCGAAGAGUGCUUAAAAGUACGGUCGAGUCGUCAAUAUAACUGCUCGUAAAACUCGCCGAUCGCCGGCGAUCGAUCGGCGCGGGUCGUGCCCAUCCCACGUCUUAAUCGCUAGAGAAGUCUAGACACCUCUUCCAGAGAAGGUCGCAUAAAUUCCGCGAGAGGACGGCGCAGCGGAUAAUUUACGGGGCCGCUCGUUCUCUUUGUGCUCCCGAGUGUCCUGGGAAGACCGGCGCGCCCAUUCCACCCCGGGCGACGGCCGCGCCUCCUUCCUACGCCACUGCGAGGGUAGACCGAGGGGUGCCAGCGUCAGACGGAGCCGCCAACCGGGGUUCGGGGGGAGGGGGAUGGUCGGAGGAGGGAGGGGGGGCACCGGGGGGGUCUUUCGAAUAUCGAUCUCCCCGCGUUCUCCCAGUCAUUCACUCUCUCUCGUGCAGUUCCACGCUCGUCCCUCUUCCCACUCGUUUCGCGCUCCCAGUACUCCCACAGAGCGCUAGUAGAAGGGGUGCGGUGCAGGGUGCGGGGAGGCGGCCGAAAGGGGGGUCUCCAUCCGGAGGUCCCAGCCAAAGCCCGGCGGGGGAGGAGGGCAUUCACCAGGGAACGCGCCGCCACCAACUACCGCCACUACUAUCACCACCACCACCACCACCACCACCACUAACCGACAUCCAGAAAAAUAUCCUCCGAGAUCGGAGGGAAAUUGGUUUACCGGAUCUUGCAGAACGGCGCUUGUACGGAAUUAUUCCCUCUUCCGUUUUUCACUCCUCUCUGUGCUAUUUAAUUUACAUCCUAUCUUUGGAAAUUCGUUACACCGUAGCCUCCUUCGGCUUUCACCACUAUCUAGCUUUGUAAGAGAAUUCAACGAGAAACAAGAAAAUACAAAAAGUAAGAAAAUUAAUUCAUUAACAAAUCAGCUCGUAAAACGUUGUACAAAUACACGGUAUCUAAGAAUAUAAUUAUUUUAUCAUUACUAUACAAUUAUAAUCAAUCAUUUCAGAUAUUUGUUUUUCCAUCGCAAUUAAUAUUUCGUUCUCAAUCUUAUACCAAUAGCAACCAAUUAUUGUGGUUCUCGUACUUAUUUCAUACACGGCGUCAUUCCUUAUAUGUAAUAAAUCACCGCGUGUCCCGAUUCAUUUACCGAUUUCAAAAUUUGUUGCAUGACGAUGACAGAGAAAUAAAUAAGUGGCCAAUGUCGUCUUGUUCGCGAAAAUUAACGUCCGCGGAAAUGUCGCCCGGAGUAGAGUUGUUACUCCGUCCGCGCCUUCUCCCUCUUCCUCUCUUUUCCCCAACCAGGGAUCUUAUCAUCCCUCUCUCGAAACAGAACCUAGCCAAGGAGGAAGUAGAUGGUCGUACUUUACAGUGUUGCGUGGACCAAGGAAUAAGACCACAAAUGUGUUGUAGAGGUACUUUACGUACACUACACAUACUGCACACACACACACACACACACACACACACACACACACACACACAUAUCUACCCGCCUUUCUCGUCUUUUCUUCCCAGAAGUUACAUAAGUAUACCAACUAGCAAAAUUACAAGCAAAAUAGACGAUCCUCGAGGAUCGAGCUAUACGGGAGUCGGAAAUGACGUGACUGGCUGCUAACCAGUCUGAUUUAACGGCUAUGUGAAACCGUUUGAUUUUCGGUGCUGAUUAACUCUGCGAUUGGACGUGAAGAAUAAUUGCGUGAGGAGCAAAGCCUUCUUAUCGAUCUUCAAAAGAAAAAUCUCAUUUUGGAGAAUUGAUUUCUGGUUGGGCUGUGCUCUCUAUCGAUUGUUCGCAAAAUUUUACCAUCGUUACUUGGAGAACCAGAUAACGAUGGUCACGCGAACUAGAUAACAAAGUCACACCUACAUAAGACACGGAUAUCAAAUACAAUUUUCACCGCUUAAAAGACGGAAUUAAAUUAGGAAUGUCACUUUCUGAAUAAUUGCAUCGUUUACGCUCCCAAGUUAUUCAGUAAAAGAUCUAUUUUAUAAAAGGGAAUAAAAUUCGCAGAAAUACGUCAGCAAUGUACUAUAAAUAAAGAGCGCAAAUCAUUGCGCCGCAAGUUUAAUCCGAAGAUCUCGGGAGGGCGGGGCAUUUUUAUUUCUCCAGUUAGACACAAGUUCGUGUCAUCUACCAGCUUAUCUGGAACAAGAUAACCGCGCUACUCAAGACGGCCGCGCGUAGUAUAUCGAUUCAACAAACCAAGGAAACCAGAAUGGACUCGGCGACGGUGUCGCCAAGUGCGCAAAGUCGCUGCUCGCAUGAUCCAGUCCGGAACAAGUCCCGCCGUGUCCCGCCGACAUGUCCGAGGAUACCGAGAGUGAAGACAGCGAUGCCGAGGGUGGCUUGGGCAACGUAAACAAAAUGGUAAUGCGACCACCUGGCCACAGCGGUAAAGCUAAGAAGGGCCACAUUUGCUUCGACGCGACCUUUGAAACCGGCAAUCUCGGGAGAGUGGACUUGAUUUCCGAAUUUGAGUAUGAUCUCUUCAUUAGACCUGACACUUGUGGGCCUAGAUUACGCAUGUGGUUUAACUUCACCGUGGACAAUGUAAAGGCAGAUCAACGGGUAAUCUUCAACAUCGUAAACAUCUCUAAAAGCGCCAAUCUCUUCCGACAGGGAAUGACGCCAUUAGUGAAGAGCAGCUCCAGACCGAAGUGGCAGAGAAUACCGCGACAACAGGUGUUCUAUUACAGAUCUGCGCAGCAUCAGAAUCACUACGUGCUGAGUUUUGCUUUCGCAUUCGAUCGCGAAGACGAUGUUUAUCAAUUCUCUCUGACAUACCCGUAUUCAUACACGCGUUACAUGGUGCAUCUCGAUAACUUAUGCAGCAGACUAUUAUACACGAAGAGAGAGACGCUAGCCGAGUCGAUCCAAAAGAGGAAUGUAGAGCUCGUGACUAUAACCUCCGACCUCGAAGACGCAGAACGACCUAGAAAAGUAGUCGUCGUCCUCGCUAGAGUUCACCCUGGCGAGUCGCCGUCCUCCUUCGUGUGUCAGGGUUUGAUGGACUUCUUGGUCAGCGCGCAUCCUAUCGCUCAAGUUCUAAGAGAGUACGUGAUCUUUAAGAUAGUGCCGAUGCUAAACCCCGACGGUGUCUUUCUCGGAAAUUACAGGUCCACCGUGAUGGGAUUGGAUUUGAACCGAUCUUGGAAUUGCAUUUCCGAAUGGAUUCACCCUACCCUGCUUGCGACUAGAGCAAUGUUGAAGUCACUCGAUAAGAACUCGCAUACCCCAUUGGAUUGCGUACUAGAUUUACACGCUCACACUAAUGCCACGGGUGUCUUCGUUUACGGAAACACGUAUGAAGACGUCUAUAGGUACGAGAGGCACAUUGUCCUGCCGAAAUUGCUAGCUCAACACGCGGAGGACUAUGAACUGGGCAACACCAUGUACAAUCAAGACCAGAACAAAGCUGGAACUGCUCGCCGCUAUUUGUGCUCUAUUCUAAAGGAACAUGUCAAUUGCUACAGCAUCGAAAUUUCCAUGUACGGUUACAGUAAAAAGGGAAUACCGGGUAUAAUGCCAUACACGGAAGAAGGAUAUUAUAGAUUAGGUCGUAAUCUAGCACGCGUGUUCCUAGAAUAUUAUAAGCUCACUGGGCUCAUCCCAUCAGGACUUCCUGAUCAGCCAUCAAGCAAACGAGCGCGCCAAUCCCGGCAAAGACAACGUUUUCCAAGGGAGCCCAGACCAAGAACAGUCCGAACUCCAGCGACCUUGCAUCUCGCCAGCAUCUAUGAAUAUUUUCGGGAGGAACCUGAGCCGCUCCCGAGCUCUCGUUACCGAUCGAUGAGCGGUACGCGGAUGGGACAGCAGCCCGGAACCGGAAUCGCGAGUGAAACUGGAACGGGUGUCGGCGGCGGGUGUAAGAGCUCGAGCUACAGGUUCCGGAGCCCUGGGGCACCUCUCGACAGGAUGCAGACCCUGACGGAGCGACCCGCCGCUGAGCCGCGGCUCACCAUUAUCGAUUUCAAUCAGCUGACGCGGGGCGGUUUGGAGCUCGCGGCCAACAAGAACAGACCGGCGGCGAUCCCACGCAAGAGGAUCGUCAAGUCGCGUAGAUAACGAUCUCACCUCGAUUAACGGGAGAUCCUAUAACAUCUCCAAGGACGCGAAAAUCAAAUGCCGCGGUAUGCCAUUGUUAUAUCCUAUACGUAAGAAAAUUGUCUUCGUGACAACAUUAAGUAAUAUUGAUUCACGUGAAACGUAGGUGGUCGAUUCGCGCUACUUCUGCCGGACGAAAAUAGAAGACUUCUCGACGAGAAGAGGUACGCGGAGAAAAAUGCAGUCCGGAUGUUGCCUUUUACUUAAACGCUGAUAACCAAUGUCAUUAAGAAACUUUCGCUUUUCUUCUCCGCAUAAUUUUAAAUUUAGUUCAAUGUGAAUGCUAAUACUGCACAUUUUAUCCUUCGUGUUAUACGAUACUCAUGCUUUUACUUAAAUAUAAAUUUUGAGUUUCCUAUUAACAUACUAUCGUCUCUUUUCUCGCGAGAAAAGAUGAAUUUCACAUUGCAUGUUUCCAGUUCCUAAUAUAUACUUAAUUGUUACAUUUUUUAUGGUUGUUUAUAACAUCGUUGUUAUAAUAUAUGUUGUAUAAUACUAUUUCUACUAAAAAAAAGUUAAUAUAUUAAUAGCAACAAAAUAUAUAUACAAAUAUUAUUAUAUAUAAUAUACAAUAAAUACUAUUAAAUAUCAAAUAAAACAUAUAGAGCAUGCUUUUACAUUAUUAAUACCGUUUCCGAAUUGCAUCUAGAGAUUUAAACGUAAAUUACAUUUCUUAAAAUAUAUAUUGUUAUGUUCUAAAAUUAUAAAAAUUAUAUUGGAUAUUACAUUAUAUUAAAAGUAUGAAAACUUAAUGUAAUUUCAUAUCGGACAAUGUGUUCUAUUAAAAAAAAAAAAAAAAA